GGGCGGCGGCGCGGCACGGAGGCGGCGGCGGCGGCGGCGGCGGCCGCGCGAGGAGGCCGCGGCCACGCGGGCGUGCGCCGGCGCCCGCUCGCAGGAGGUCCACAGCCGGCAGCCGCUGCUCUUCCACGUGGAGGCGGCCUCUCACAGCCGAGGGCAAGACAAGGCAGAAAAGGGAAAGUUGUUGGCCGCAUGCUUGCGCCGUGCAUCAUGUACGCGACGGGGAGGGUGUCCGCCCCCACCGGCGGCUGCUGCGACGGGGUCAGGACCCUCAACUCCGCCGCCGCCGACCACCAGACCACCUGCGCCUGCAUCAAGCAGCAGACGAGCGGCAUGGGCGGCCUGAGGCCCGACCUCGUCGCCGGCAUCCCCUCCAAGUGCGGCGUCAACAUCCCCUACGCCAUCAGCCCUUCCACCGACUGCUCCAGGGUGCACUGAGUGGAUCAAAGUCGUCAAGUGAUGCGACAAUGAUAAAGGAGAGAUCGAUCCAUCGAUCUGCAGCUCUCAUUUUGCGGUUGCUAUCUGCAUUUGUCGUCAGAGAUGGAGCUAUAGAAAUGCAUGAUGCUCCUCCGUUCUGUUAUUUCCUGCUUACAUUCUGCUUCGUUAAUUGCGGUUUGUUGCUCUAUGCAAUGAAGAACUGGACACAGAGCGAUCAACAAUUAACAAAAAAAUCUAGGGUACAUGGGCUGUUGUAUUUUUUUUUGGAACAAUUCACAACUCUGUUGUAUUAUCCAUGUACAACUAAAUGUGGCGUUGAUGUGUAGUUUAGAGGGUUCAGAGUGAA